UGACCUAAAAUGGCCGCGGAAAUAACUGUACAUGACUGUCAUAUGCAUGCUUGUUAUGUCAUCAAGUGAUGCAUCAGCAUGUGUGUAUCCCUCCACUCCAUCAGGAUUAAUCAAGCAUGACUGAUGCACAGGAGGACGAAAAUGCAAAAGAGGACUCCGAGCCAUUACGGCGGACACGCCCACCAAGCAAAAAGCGAUUGGAUGAUGAGGUGGAUGCUCUCAUGGUAGAGAUCCGUGAGAAGGAAGCAGAACUUAAAUCAAUUGGAGGUCGAGGUGAGGAUUCCCUGAAGAAUAUAAGAGCAGAGAAAGACGCUACCUUUGAGCGGAGGAAGAAGGUAGAUUCUGACCUGAAAACCCUCAAUCAGGCCAUAACGCAGAAGAUGAAUGCUCUGUCCAAAUUGCAGUCCAGCCUCCACUACACUACGGAGGAGAAGCACAAUGAUGCCAUCAGGAAACUGGAGUGGAACAUGAAGGUACAGAACUUCAAACUGUCACAGGAAAAGAAGAUUGUUGCUGAGAUAGACAGCUUGAAGAGAUCCAAGAAAAUGCUGAGUUCCUACCUGUCUAUGAAGAAGGAGAUUGAUGAGAGUCGGGACAGACAGCGGCGUAUGAGGGAGGAGCGCGACCACUACUUCCGUACUGUCAACCAGUUGAAGGCUAAGGAAGAGGACAUCAGAAAGAAAAACUCCGCCAACAAAUCGCGGGCAGAAGUACUUAAAAAAGAAAUCAACGAAUUAUAUGAGAGAAAGCGUAGUAUUGUGUCUGAAUUCCGAAAACAGAGGGAUGUAUUUCAAGAUACCAUGAAGAGACAGCGAGCAGAGAGUUUCAGAAAAAGAGAGGAGGAGAGACGAGCACUGUUAGAGGCUCAGCAGAAGGAAAUAGAGGAGAUGGAGGCGCUGAAGGAGCCCUUUGAGGAUGAGAAGAGCCUCUGUAAUACCCUUAUACAGUAUCUUCAAAAGAUAGGUCCCAGUGGCGACACCACCGAUGCAUCCGCCUCCUCACAUCCCACAGAAGAGGCAGCCAGUAGUAGUCUAGCAUGUGCCCCUGCACUUGAGAACGAGGAUGGGUAUCGCCUUCUGCGGAGAUCAGAUGAGGAGGAAUUCCCUCCCCUUGGUCGCCGUACCAGUAAGAGCCGCCGCCGUAGCCUCAAACUUUCUAUGACCAGGCCAGUGACCCACACCCCCCAUGUGAUCAGUCAGUUCUCUUCGCUGACCCUGAAUGCUCCAUCCAGUCUAGUGGAAAUCCCAACCUCUCUGGAACAGCUUCAAGGCCGGAAGCUGUACUAUGAACAGAAGGCAAGAGAGAUGAAGAACCUGAACGCUGACGCUUCCCCUGAUGCCUUGCUGUCCGAUAUAUCCAGCCUGCGCCGAUGUCGCACAGAGACGUGGGGCUUCAUGGGGGACGAACAACCCAUUGUGGAGGAACUGUCUCAGAGUGAGGCUGGUAUCUCUGCCACUGAAAGCGUCGUCUGUGAGAUGUCUCGCCAGGCGAGCAAAACAGAGAGCUGUGAAAGUGCCAACGACACUCGACCUAGCGACAUGUUGAUGGAAGAACUUCUCCAAACCUGCUGUGAUGGCAACUGUGCUGGCAAACUGAAAUCAGACUAUCAUGACAUCGAUAGCCAUUCCCUCUCGGACAGCUCUGACACCCCUCGCAGCGAGUCCACCUUGGAAGGAAGCAAUGGGGAAUCCAUGGGCAGCGGUAACGACUUUGAGAGAGAGCUACAUUCUGACAGCCUUCACGCAGGGACACAAAGUCAUAUAUGCAGCUCCAGUGUAGGCAAGCCACUUAACACUACUGAGCACCAACCUCAGGAUGUAGGCAUUUCCACAAUUACCCAACAGCCUGACUGUGAUAAGCACACUCGGCGUGAUGCCACGACGACCCGCUCUAGUGAUAGGACACUUACACCAGUGGGUGCAGCAUCAGCUGAAGAGUCUCGACAGACUGACAGACAGAGAGAUACUAAAAAUAUAUGUGAAGGCAAUGGACAUAUCAAGACUUCAGAUGAGAAUUCAAGGACAAGUGAAAAUAAAAGUCUUUCAAAUCAGACAACAAGGAUGUGAGCUGUGGCUAAGAGUCAGCCAAGGUGAUUGUCUUGAUCUCAAGACUUGCAUGCAAGUUGUGUAAUUAUGAUCAUAUAUCUCAUUGGUUUGUAGAGGAUUUGGCCAAAUUUAUCAACAAUGUGAAUUUUAAUCAUUUUAAUUCUUGCUUGUUCAGAUGAGUUUGUGAACUUGAUAACGUGAAACAGAUCCAAAUGAUGAUUAUUUUACUUAUUAAAAACAUUUUUAUCAAUAUUUUAAACUCAAGUUUUUGAAUGCUUGAAAUAUCUGAGUUUUACUUUAAACAUUCAUGGCAAAUUGUAUGUGAAUGAGUGGGUCAGUUUGGGAAGGUGAGCUCCGCAUUUUACCUGCAGACUGUUUUUUUUUUUUUCAAUCAGCCUUGGCAGACUUACCAUUAGCAAUAAGUCUUUUGACACUUCACAUGAAAUAUAUAAACCAAAUUAUUUAUUUUGCUUGUGUAUGUAUUACCAUGUUUUGGGCUAGCAGUUUACUGCUAGGUGAAUGCAUUCAUUUGGUUAAUAUUGGACAAUCCUUGUUCUGUGGCAACAGAAUUGUAGCAUUAUUUAUGUUUGUAUGUGACUCAAUUUUUGAAUGAAAUUGUCAAAUGGUGAACAUGAGAUCAUUACAAAGACAUCAACUUUUUGCAACUGGAUUUGUUAUUUGAAACUAAACAUUUGCCAAAUUGUUGAUGACAAACAGCAGACUUAAUGAACAGUUUCACCUGUAUUUUUGUGUAUAAUUAAUUUAACAGGAAGGUGGGUUUAUUUUUACAUGAUAGUGAUGACAAUGAUACUUAUUACAUACAAAAAUUUGUGGAAAAUAAUGUUUCGGUGACCACAAAAUCCAUGUUUCAGUGACAACCACUUGCUUAUUGCUGGACUACCUUUUGGAUUCAUUUUAAGGGCUGAGGGUUUAAGCUAGUAUUUCAAAGCCAAUAAGGGCGGUGGGGUAGCCUUGUGGUUAAACCAGUCGCUCGUCAAGCGGGUUCGAUUCCACAAAUGGGUACAAUAUGUUAAGCCUAUUUUUGGUGUCCCCUGCCAUGAUAUUGCUGGAACAUUGCUAAAAGCAGCAUAAAACUGAAGUCACUCACUCACUUACUCAGUAAAAGCCAAUAAAGCACACAUCAAGAGUUGGUGAGGACUAAGGGCUAGUACUCUCAGUAUUGAAUUUAAGAUGUCUCUGUUCACUGUCUCAGAUGUAUAAAUAAAUAUACAUAUAUUAUGAUUAUCUCAGGGAUUUACCUAGGAUUUUAAACUUAGUGCCCUUGGCAGGCAAAUUGGGGGAAUGUCAUUAUUUUGUUCAAAUUUCAUUUUAAAGUUCUUAUUUUCCCAAAUUCAGAUGUAUUUAAACAUUCAGUUUUAACAUAAUACAGGCUCUUUCUCUAUAUUGGUCCUAUCUGGGAUGUAUAAGACACCUCGACAAUCAUCAUGGCUCAGGAAUGUUAGGACUUUAACUGACGUGUUGCAGACUUAGAGCCUCUGAGCCGCUCUAGAUAGGUCCCUGCAUCUGUUAUUGUUGUCUUUCUUAAAUUAUCCAUUUCAGCUCUCUUACAGUUUUUGAACUGCUGACACAUUCUCAUCUUUUGAAAAUUAUGUCAAACUUUCUGAUUAUCCAAAAUAAUGUGGAUAUUGAAUCUUAGUUGAUGCCAACUUACUAUUUCUGAUGUAUCAAGUCAAGUAUAAGACCGUAAGUAUCUUUUGUUUAUGGUACUGUAACCAGUCCUAUUUUUGACCUCAUUACUUCUUAAUCUGUCUCAAAUCGAUCAUGGCUUCUUACAGGAUUGCCUUAGAGGUGUGUAUGAGAACUGUCCAAAGAAGGAGUUUUACAUUUAACAGGUCUUCUUUGCCUACUGAUUUAAUGAAACUGUAGGACUGCACAUUUAUGGAUUGUUUUAGAUUAGGAGGAUGUCACAGGGCCCUUGUAACAUGACCAUGAUUUGAAAGUUUUAAUGUUAAGGGUGUCCCUAGUUUGCCAGGAGUACACCUCCAUGACCCUUGGAACCCCUAGCUUAACCGCUUCAUGGAAUAUGAUACAUAUUGCUAAAUACACAAUAAUACAAAAUCUUAUCGAUAUUCUAGCUUGGGUGUAAAUUCAUGUUAUUCUCUAAAUGCUACCAAAUAUGCCUACUUUCCUGAGAGCUGCUGAAAUGAAGAUGAAGUUUAUGUGGAAAUCAGGAAAACGAUUUAUGUUUUAUUGUAUUAAGAAUGAAGUGUACAGCUGUUGAGUAGGGCUGGUUGAGAAAGGAACAAAUAGACACAUGCUAAGUGUUGUGCUGAAUGAAAUAUGCUGUUAUGCAAUAUUGAACUACCAAUACUCUGUUGUCAUAAGAAGCACUUACCGUGUCACAGUGCCUUAAGGUGUGCUGCUGUGUCCCUCGUGCACUGGUCAGUCAGAACCCUCUACUUCAUGUCAAUCCAUCCAUCCACAAACAUGUCAGGUCACAUUCACACAGGCAAUGGCUUGCAGUCUGCUCCAGAUUGGGGCUAUACUGUUGAGUACCACUUCUUGUUUCUCCAGUGUAUUUGACGCCAAUCUAGUAAGAUAAAACCCUGAACUCACCAAAGUUUUGUUCUGGAAAUGAUGUCAUUAUUUGUUAUAUCACAGAUUUUGUGUCCUUUUUCAUGACCUUGAAGGCAACAACCAAUAAAAACGUCUCUUCUGAACAUGAGCUCAGCACAGACAUACAUUUAAAUUUGCUGUUUUGUGCAAAGGAGUCCUCUAUUCAGAAGACUUAUUUUGCACUUUUAGCUAGAACUGUAUGUUUUUCCUGUGGAAUGAUGUCAUUUUGCUGAUUUGGGUUUAGUCUCAGAUUAUAUGUGACAGAAUAUUGUAGGCUAAAUGUCUUGAAAAGUUGAAGAUUGUUGCUACUGGCAAUGAUCAAUUUGUUUCAAGCAUAUGUAAUACUUCUGUAAAUGUUUUCUAUUGAAGGCUGUAUUUUUUCAAAAGUAUCCCUUAAAGAUUUUAAUGAAAUAUUGCCGUAGAUGUAUGUUAUUACAGAAUUUUAGGACAGAAAGUCAUACCAGAAACAACUAAUAAGGCAUUUGACCCUCUGUUCAUUGUUUCUUGAGCUUGGGGAGAUGUCUGGUUUGGUGUAGUUUGUUUCUGCACUAGACAUGACUUGCGAUAUUUUCAUUAACGUUUUCAAGAACUAACACUUUACGCCAAAUUAAUAUGUAACCUUUUCUUCCAAGGAAUUACCCUUAUGGAAACUGAAAAAGAACAAAUGUUGAACAAACUUUGUCAACUAGUAUUACAGUGAGAAGUUUCUGGAGAUGGUGCUCUACGCACUACUGCUGUUAUUCUUUUACUGCCAUUGUUUUUGUUGAUUACACCUUGAUGUUAACUAUGUGUUACACCUUUCAUUGAUGGCCUUACCAACAUUAUGGAACCAUUUUGUCAAUACCUGACACUGUUUGUUUGAAGAUAUUGGAUACUUGUUGACAUUGUGUACGAUUGAAAGAGGGUUGGAUAGCGUUAGGAAAUGUCUAAUGGUGUGGGUCGUUUGUGAAUCGAAAGGGUUGUCAGUAGUCAAGCUGAGACAUGGGGUGGGGGUUGUGAUAUUGAGGGACAGUGUUGGUGGGGUAGGUAGAUGAGGGGUGGAAUCUGACAGGACGGGUAGGGGAGUGGUAGCAAUGGUAGGACUAGGUAGGUAGACAAAAUAGGAUUAAGAUCAGCUAAAAAAAUUCUUGAGCUUCGGGAGAUGCCAGGUUUGGUAUAUGAAUUUUGUUUCGGGUAGGGAAAUACGGUUGGUUUAGUUUGAGGUAAGUUGGGGUGGGAAUGAAUGGGCUGUUUCAGAUUUGGGUAGGUAGAUAGUACUUCUGCUAGAUACUGUAGAUUUGAAAUUGGUUUACAUGUGGUAGGACGGGGACAAGUAAGCUGUUAUUGGAUGGAGCAUGUAGAUAGUGAGGUGUCAUGGUGUAGGAAGUGAUCAGUAGUGGUAGGGUCGGAGGGUUAGGGUAGUGUGUUAAGGGUAUAUUGCAGGGUGUUGGUGAAAUGCAGGGGCAAAGGGGUAUACCUUGAUACUUAUUAUAUGACCGCAAGGCUAAAACUGAAAGUGGCAAGAUGUGUUUACUAGGACCAGAAGCUCAGGUUCACAUGUUGAAAUUGAACACCAUAUGUUGUAAUCAAGGUAUGUGGCUUCUGUUGAGGGUAUGUAAGCUCUUAGAUAACAAUGCUAAUAUCAAACUGCACUGAAGACUAAUAAGUGCAUAGUUAUGUUUCUUAGUUACGCCAGGAUCCUCUGUCACAUGUUCAGAUUCUUAUUUGUCAACAACAUACCUACGCUCAUGGAUAUGACCAAUUGGUAAAGUACUAGGACCUAAACACAUUCAUUUUACUGCUACACUAUGUUUGAUGUGGGAGAAAAAUCUCUCUGACUUUAAUGGGCAUGAUGGUUAUAUUUAUUUAUGAUGUGUGUUGAGAUUGAGAGUCAUCUGUUUGUAGAUACUUAUUUAUUGCCCCUACGUAAUAUUAGGGGUGAAACGGUAUGCCCUUACCACGGUACGGUACGUAUUGCGGUACAAGGCCUUCGGUUCGGUCCGUUUUGGUUCAGUAUAUGAGAUAUCAUAAUGCAGAAAAUUGACAGCAAGAGCCAAACCUUACAUUGUUUAAUAUCAUGGGGAAAAAAUAACCAUAAUGUUUGUCAUUUUGAAUGAACAAAACUGUCAUGUUAUGACUAGAUACAAAUGACAGUACAAAAACCAAAAAUACCAAACUUUUGGAUUGCAUUACGGUAUACCGAACCGAAGGCAAUAUACCGCCGUUCUACUAAUAUCGUGGUAUACCGUUUCACCCCUAUGUAAUAUUGGUCUAGUUCCUCUCCUGUUAGAAGUUCACAGUGCCAUUGGUGAGUUAAUUGUUGUUCUUGUAGCUGGAUUAGCAAGUAUUGGGGUUAGAUUUGUGUCUUUUCAGCUGCUUUCUUCAACGAAUAUUUCUGAAAAUAUGACAUAAAGGCAAAGAAGCAGGAACUUGUAACCAGGCCCCGAUUUCUCGAAACAAACUUAAGUCUGAGUUUUGACUUGAGUUCGAAUUUUUACUCAAAUUUGAGAAAACGCAUUUCCCAGAAUGAACUGAAAUCCCAGGAUUUAAUGUUGAUAUGGUUCUGAAAUGGUGGGAUUACAACAGAUGGGGUAGUUACAGUUCCUGUCAAAUAGAUACCCGUAUGAGUAAGUUGGGGCAGUAGGGUAGCCCAGUGGUUAAAGCAUUCACUCGUCACACCAAAGACCUGGGUUUGAUUCCCCACAUGGGUACAAUGUGUAAAGCCCUAUUCUGGUGUCCCCCGCCGUGAUAUUGCUGGAAUAUUGCUCAAAGCGGUGUAAAACUGAACUCCCUCACAAUGAUUAAGAUACAGCUCUAACACUAGAGAUCACCCACGUCAGCUUUGUCCUCUAGGUUGAAGCCCAUGUCAAGUAUGAUUCUCUUUUGACUAGUGAACUCACUUUAUAAAAGUCAACAUUAUAGCACUAAAAUUUACUGACAAUUUUGAUGAAUUUUGGUCUGUGUUCAAAGUUUUUGGGCACGGACUGCAUUCAUCGAUGCAUCUUUGAUUUUGCAUUUUAUGUGUUGGCAUUGAAGAAACUAGAGGCAUUCAACAAAAGGCAUUGGAUCAUAGUUGUCACACCGUACCUAUGACUCGACGAAUUGCACAAGCAAUGACAUAUUUGUGUAGAAGUCCCAAUUACUGUUGACAAGUUACAUGAGCGCAGACGUAGCUAGGUGGGUAGGUUUUUGUUUAGUUAUUCGACUCUCACUGGCCAUGGGUGAUAGUUCCUUUCUU